AUGCUAUCUUCUCAGCCAUUCUCUUCUGACCAGGAUUUAAACUCAGCGCCAAGACAGAGCAGCGAACUGUGCUCGAGCGGUCAAACUACGAGCUAUAUUUGGUUGUCUCCUCCAGCAGAUUCUACCAUCGAGUCAGGUAUGAAGACGAGAGGUGGAUUAACAGAUCUGCUGUCGCAGGACUCGGUGAGCCGACAUGAUGGUGCAGCGGAGGUCUUCCCAGCUCCGCUGGCGGUUGCCAUUUGCGACGUUUUCGCCUGCAUUGAGGUGGGAACAGCAAGCCUGGAUCAGGAGGGAUGUCAUUAUGCUCCUGAAAGUCAGGUUGAAGAGGUGAGUUAG